CUGUCACCGGCAAUUUGGGAGUAACAAGUGGAUUUGACGUUAAUAGGUUUUCUCGCCCCUCGCGCUUGGACAACACUCGUGCUCACCGUGCUGGACACAGAACAUGGACUCAGAUACGAGCCGCGUUUCGAGCAGACCCUCAUCUCCGGAGGUGGACGACAUCUUCCUGGCCACCCUCAAGAAGUCGGUGCACGGCUUCUCCGGCGCCGUGUCCUCCACGCAGAGCGAUCAUCUGGCGGAGCUCGCCAGCCUGCACGGCCUCUCCGCGGAAGACGAGGAGUCCCUCGCCCUCCGGCUGGCCAAGAAGGACCACAAGCUGCUGUCGGAGAACGAGCUGCAGACCAUCCGCCUCAAGAUCAACAGCCGCGAGAGGAAGAGGAUGCACGACCUCAACGUGGCCAUGGACGGGCUGCGCGAGGUCAUGCCCUACGCGCACGGACCAUCGGUGCGCAAGCUCUCCAAAAUCGCCACCUUGCUGCUGGCGAGAAACUACAUCCUGAUGCUGAGCAACUCGCUGGAGGAGAUGAAGCGGCUGGUGAGCGAGAUCUACGGCAGCGGCGGGCACCACGGCGGCUUCCACCCGGCGGCCUGCGGGACUAUGACACACGCGGGUCCCGUGCCGGGUCACCCGGUCGUUUCCCACGCCACGCACCCGGCGGUGCACCACCCGCUGCUGCCGCCGGCCGUCUCCACCGCGUCCCUGUCGGCGCCCGGCAUCUCCGCCGUCACCUCCGUCAGACCCCACCACGGACUCCUCAAGGCGCCCGGGGCCGGCGCGGGCCCGCUGGGCAGCAGCUUCCAGCACUGGGGGGUCGGCGCCGGGAUGCCCUGCCCGUGCAGCAUGUGCCAAGUCCCGCCUCCGCACGUGACCAGCAUGAGCGCGGUCGCCAUGCCGAGGCUGCCCAGCGACUCCAAGUGACUCGAGACUCAAAAGUGGGGACGAACUUUGGAGGGAGGGGGGGGUUGUUACUGACUCUGUCUACCCCUUACUAUUACUCUUUUUUUUAUUUAUCUCUGUGGCGGAUUCCGUUGCGUCGACGGGGCCAGUAAAGAAUCCAUUGUUUUUUUUUCCCAAAUGGGACUUUGGGGUUUUGUAACUAACUUAGUGUUUUGUGGUAAUUAACCUCAACUGUAACAGAUGUGUCGGGACAUCGUUGUCUCUGCAGUUAUUUAAAAGAUCAAAUUGAUUUUUGGCCUAGAGAUGGGGGGGGGGGGGGGGGGGGUAAUAGAGUGUAAAUAUGUAGAUGGUUUAUUCAUAUAUUAGAGUCUUGUUAAUGUGCGGGAAGACUCCCCGCCCCUCACAUGUUGCACCUGCUUCAUUCUAUCCGUCUUUAUUCAACGCUUGUCUCUUUACUUUCUCUCUUUUAUUUUCUGUCCCGACGAGAACAAUGACCACUUGUUUAUUUUUUUAUAAAAAAAAAAAAAAAUGGAAAUGAUAUUUAUUUACUUAUUUGGAACGGGAAUUUAAGAUAAAUCUCUGAUCGUGUUGGGGCUUGAAAUGUGAAAUAAAGACAAUUAAUUGAAAAGUGAAAAA